CGCCUCGCCCGGAGCGGAAGAGGAGGCGGACGACGUGUUUCUCGUUCGGGCCCGGGGGCUCCCCUGGUCCUGCACGGCGGAAGACAUGCUCGACUUCUUCUCCGACUGCAACAUCCGCAACGGGGAGAACGGAAUCCACUUCCUCGUCAACCAAGACGGGAGGCGCAGGGGCGACGCGCUGGUGGAGAUGGAGUCGGAAGAGGACGUGCGGCGGGCCCUGGGGAAGCACCGCCAGUACAUGGGUCGGCGGUACGUGGAAGUGUACGAGAUAAAUAAUGAAGAUGUGAACGCCUUAAUGAAGAGCCUGCAGGCCAAGUCGUCCCCCGCGGUCAACGACGGGGUGGUCCGCCUGAGAGGCCUCCCGUACGGCUGCAGCGAGAAAGACGUCGUCGACUUCUUUGCGGGCCUGAAUAUCACCGACAUCACGUUUGUCAUGGACCACCGAGGAAGGAGGAAGACGGGGGAGGCGUACGUGCAGUUUGAGGAACCGGAAAUGGCCGAUCAAGCCCUGCUGAAACAUAAGGAAGAAAUUGGCAGUCGGUACAUCGAGAUUUUUCCCAGUCGGAGGAGCGAGGUCCGAACCCACCUGGGAUCUCACAAGGAGAGGAGAGCGGCCGCCUCUCCCAAAUACGCGGCCAAGCUGGGGUCGGGCUUGGAAGAGCCUGAGGUGAGCGAGGCUCCGCGGCCCGUCACGACGUCGGAAGGGGAGAAGGAGAUGGGACUGCCCAAGGAGAUGUCGGAGAAACCCCUGGAGCCCGUGGAAUUUGGGACCGCGCCCUCGUUCCACUUCGUCCGUAUGAGAGGCCUGCCUUUUCAAGCCAACGCUCAAGACAUUGUCAACUUUUUCUCGCCCCUGAAACCCGUGAGGAUCACGAUGGAAUACAGCUCCAGCGGGAAGGCCACCGGGGAGGCCGACGUGCACUUCGAGAGCCACGAGGACGCCGUCGCCGCCAUGGCCAAGGACCGGUCCCACGUCCAGCAUAGGUAUAAUCGAAACUGUUCCUGAAUUCGUGUCCGAAAGGAAAAUGAAGCUUCCGCGGACACCGGGCCCAUCCACAGCGGUGACGUCGAGGAUGAAGCAAAAAGCAUAUCAUCUGCACAUCUUUCCUGGAGAGGAAGUCCGGCGUUCCUGUUGACUGGCGGCGACGACUAGGGGCUAGGGUUUGGGCUUGGGGCUUUUGAGGGUUGGGUUUUUUUGUUUGUUGGGGGUUUUGUUUUGUUUUGUUUUUAAAGUUGCCUAGAAGAGAAAUCCCAAAUCUGGCUGCGUUCAGAAGUUUGAGUUUGGGGUGGAAAUAAACCGCGUAUGUCAACGUUU